UCAAACAUGUUUGAUAUGCCAAGUGUGCCUUCAACAUCAUCAGUUUUAUCAACCUAUACCACCUUCGCUGCGUCGGCAAUGCUUGUCAAGACCAUGCUCAAUGAGGUGCAGAACAUGGCUAGCCAACUGAUACCCCAGAAGCUUCAACAGAAACUAUUGUCAAGACUCGGAGGCCUGUUCAGGAACUCUUGCCAAUUGACUCUCAUCAUCGAGGAGUACAAUGGUUUUGUCAUUAAUGAAAUCUACCAAGCUUCUGAAGUCUACUUAAGCACAAGAAUCACACCAUAUAUAGACCAGCUUAAGGUUUCCAAAGCUCACCGAGACAAGAACCUCGUAGUCACCAUCAACAAAGGACAAAAGAUUAUAGAUGUGUUCGAGGAAAUUCAUCUAGUAUGGGAAUUUGUAUGCAGAGAAGCACAAAACACAGUUGUGGAUUGCGAAAACUACUCUGAAACCGUAGAAAAAUCAGAAGUUAAAUCAGUUGUCCUGAGAUUCGACAAGCGAUACCAGGAGAAGGUGGUGAAAACUUACCUGCCAUAUGUAGUACAAAGAUCAAAAGCCAUAAAGGAAGAAAACAAGGUCGUCAAGCUCCAUUCUCUGGGAACUUUCAAUGGAGAUUACAGUGGAGGUCCUUGGGGAUCAAUUAACCUUGAUCAUCCAUCAACUUUUGAUACAUUGGCAGUAGAUCCAUUACUCAAGCAGGAGCUGACGGAUGACUUGGAUAGAUUUGUGAAGAGACGGGAUUUCUACAAGAGAGUAGGAAAACCAUGGAAACGUGGGUACUUGUUGUAUGGUCCUCCUGGUACGGGCAAGUCAAGCUUGAUUGCAGCCAUGGCCAACUACCUGAAAUUUGACAUCUAUGACCUGGAACUCACAAGUUUGCGCAACAAUUCAGAUCUAAGGAGAUUGUUAACCUCAACAGGCAAUCGAUCAAUACUCGUAAUUGAGGAUAUUGAUUGCAGCAUUGAGUUGCAGGACAGACAAUAUGGAGCACAUAACAAUGGUGAUAGCCAGUUGACAUUAUCUGGAUUGCUCAACUUCAUUGAUGGCUUAUGGUCAAGCUGUGGAGAUGAGAGGAUAAUUGUGUUCACCACCAAUCACAAGGACAAGCUAGAUCCUGCAUUGCUGAGGCCAGGCCGAAUGGACAUGCACAUAAACAUGUCCUACUGCACUCCAAGCGGAUUCAAGAUUCUUGCUGCUAACUACCUCAGGGUCAAGAGUCACUGCCUUUUCACUGUCAUCGAACGACUGAUAGAGGAAGUUGAAGUGACUCCAGCUGAAGUUGCAGAGGAGCUCAUGAAAGGUGAUGAUGUUGAUGUUGAUUCUACACUUAAUGGACUUGUUGGAUUUCUUCAAAGGAAGAAAGAAAUGAAAUGCAAAGAAUCAGAGUCCAAAGUUAAAGAAGAUAAACAAAUGAAUGAAAAUGACAAGGCAAGGGAAGAAAUGGAGAAGAACAGUGUCAGCAAGAAAUCCAAGAAAAAUAAGAGGAAGAAGGCGAAAACUGGGGAAGGAAGAGUUGUGUAGGCAACCUAGCCAUGCCUUAUAAAGUUUACAUCCAAAGUGAUUUUCAAAGUUAAAACAUAUUACUACUGCAUGUAAUUUUAAGAAAUUUAAAGUUCUCAGAAUAAUUCAAUGUAUUUUAGUGUGUAAUUAAGUUAUAUUAAACUAGCCACUCCAGCAAC